AUGUCGGAACCCGCACGGGUGCAACAGCAGUUCGGUAAUACGUCAGUAACCGAUGGUAGCCAAGCGUUUCAGGGUAUUGCCCAUGGAGAUGUUGCGAUGAAUUCAACCCAUCAUCACUACGCCGCUCAAGGACGUCCAGAAACCCCACCCAAGCCGACAGUUGUCAUACCCUUCAAUCGCGACGAAGACUUCGUUCAGCGGGGCACAGUGCUCGACCAACUUCACUCCUUAGGCAAGCCAGCUUCGCGAACCGCGCUAGUUGGCUUCGGUGGUGUCGGCAAGUCGCAGAUUGCAAUUGAAUACGCUUUCCAAAUCCAAGAACGAUCACCCGACACAUGGGUUCUCUGGGUCCACACGAGUAACGUCGCUCGUUACGAGCAGAGUUUGCGAGACAUUGCAGACUACGUCAAACUGCCUGAACGCAAGAGUGCUGAAAAGAACAUCUUUGAACUGCUCUAUAACUGGCUGCGUAGCGAAAAGAGUAAGAAGUGGGUUCUUAUCCUCGAUAAUGUCGAUGACGCCAGCUUCCUAGUCGACAGACCGUCCGACCAUAAACACGGGCAACAGGAAGACUCAGGCAGUCAGAGGGCACGGCCGCUCGCGUCGUAUCUUCCUCAUUGCCAACAUGGAUCUAUCCUCAUCACGAGCCGAAGCAAGCGUGAGGCGUUGAAACUAGUCGAAUCACACAAUAUCGUCGAGGUCCAGCCUAUGAGUGAGGCAGAGGCAGUAGCACUCGCACAAAACAAACUAAGAAAGUUAGCCACGCAGGAGAGCAUCAAGAGUAUCAAAAGUCUGACCGAAACGCUCGAAUAUAUGCCCAUGGCAAUCGUCCAAGCGACAGCCUACAUCUUGCGGAGAGACCCGCAUUGCUCUAUACAACAAUAUCUCGUCAAAUUUAAGCAGAGCGAUCGGAAGCAAGCAAGCCUCCUCGACUACGAAGAUGGACAAUUACGUAGGGAUUGGGAAGCUAAGAAUUCGAUCAUUAUCACAUGGCAAGUAUCGUUCAACCAUAUCCGUGAAAUCCGACCGUCAGCAUCCGAUCUGCUUUCGCUUAUGAGCUUCUGCGAUCGCCAGGGCAUUCCUGAGAGUCUUUUGCGAGCUUCAAGGGAGGAUUCCUCCAUUCGAUCAAAUCCUGAUAUUGAUAACUCGAGAAAUAAUAGCGAAUGUCCUGAUGAAGAAACCGAAUCGGAAUCCAGCGAAAAUAACGAGUUCAACGACGAUAUCUUGAUUCUGCGCGAUUACUCGUUCAUUUCUAUUACUGAAGACAGAUCAACCUUUGAAAUGCACAGAUUGGUACAACUCGCUACACGAAGAUGGCUCGAAGUCAAGGGGCAGCAGAAUAGAUGGAAGACGGAGUUUAUUACUCGACUCUAUGCACACUUUCCAACAGGGGCAUACGAGAACUGGGGAGAAUGCCGGGUGCUCCUACCGCACGUCAAAUCGGCGGUAGCGCAACGACCUAAGAGCGAGGCGUCAUUACUCGAGUGGGCUUUCAUCUUGCAUGAGGCCUCGAGGUAUCUUUUGGAGAUGGGCCAAUGGCAUGAGGCGCACAAGAUGGCAGAAGAUGCGAUCGAGGUCAGGAUGCAGAUUUUUGGGGCGGAUCAUCCUGAUACAUUAACUAGUAUGAAUAACCUGGCAUCGAUAUUCUGGAACCAAGGCCGAUGGGAGGAAGCAGAAAAGCUAGAGGUAGAGGUAUUGGAAAUCCGAAAGCGAAAACUUGGGGCAGAUCAUCCUGAUACAUUAACUAGUAUGAGUAACCUGGCAUCAACAUUCUGGAACCAAGGCCGAUGGGAGGAAGCAGAAAAGCUACAGGUAAAGGUAUUGGAAAUCGAAAAGCGAAAACUUGGGGCGGAUCAUCCUGAUACAUUAAUUAGUAUGAAUAACCUGGCAUCAACAUUCUGGAACCAAGGCCGAUGGGAGGAAGCAGAAAAGCUAAACGUCGAGGUAUUGGAAAUCGAAAAGCGAAAACUUGGGGCGGAUCAUCCUAAUACAUUAAUUAGUAUGAAUAACCUGGCAUCAACAUUCUGGAACCAAGGCCGAUGGGAGGAAGCAGAAAAGCUAGAGGUAGAGGUAUUGGAAAUCCAAAAGCGAAAACUUGGGGCGGAUCAUCCUGAUACAUUAACUAGUAUGAAUAACCUGGCUAUUACAUGGGAUGGACGAGGCCGACGGUCAGAAGCUCUUGAAUUGAUGCGAGAAUGUGUGUCGAUUUCACAAAGGACUUUAGGGGCUCAUCAUCCGCAUUAUCUAGACUGUGCAGAAACCUUGAAGACGUGGGAACUAGAGCAUACAAAUUCGAAUGCUUCUGCGUAGCACUUUCGAUCUAUGUUUCGAACGAAGCUCCAGGGGAUAGCUACUCGGUUCAAGAGACGCUUCGAUUGAUCUACUACCUAUGGCAUUUGUUACCCGUCGUCUUACGAAACAACAAUCAUGCGGCCUGGGCAGAAGGUCUAGGAGGAUGGCCAGGAGGGCGGGGGUUGAACUAUUCUAGCACCCAAACUAGUCUUUCCUUACUAUAUAUUUCAAUUCCUAUGAUACAAGACUGAUUUGUGCUAGUGAAGAGAGGGCCUGCUUAACAGAUAAUAAGUCGUUUCUACUAAUAAUUAUGUGCGACAAUCAUGUAAGUUCCAAAAAGAAAUAAGUAAAUGCCAAGUAUUUCAGGAGUGAUAACUAUACCUGAUGCGAAUUCGGUUUAGAUUUUGCAUACAAAAUGUUGAAGUGUUGGUACGGAAGCC